AUGUGGGGGCCAGUAACCCCUCAGGGCAGUGGGGUGUUAUGUCCUGUGCAAGUUCCUUCUUUUGUUGGUAACUGCUGCCUAACCAGCACUGGGGUAAAGCUGGAUAGAAAGUCCAUUGUUGCCGUGAGUUUCAUUGCAGCAUUCCUCUGUCUGAUCAUCGUUCGUCUCACAAAUGAAGUAACUUUCCCUUUGAUCCUAAACUGCUUUGGACAAACCAGAGUCAAGUGGAUCCCAUUUUCUAAUGGCCAAAAGCAGCCUCUGAAAACUCAUUAUGGAUAUAUAAAUGUAAAAACACAAGAGCCUCUACAACUUGACUGUGACCUCUGUGCCAUUGUUUCAAACUCGGGACAGAUGGCUGGCCAGAGGGUGGGCACGGAGAUAGACAAGUCCUCCUGCAUAUGGAGGAUGAACAAUGCUCCCACAAAGGGCUAUGAGGAGGAUGUUGGGAAGAGGACAACCGUAAGAGUGGUCUCUCACACGAGCGUGCCUCUCCUGCUCAAGAAUCCCGAGUACUUUUUCAAAGAAACCAACAACACUGUUUAUGUGAUCUGGGGUCCUUUUCGGAACAUGAGGAGGGAUGGAAAUGGCAUUGUGUACAACAUGCUGAAGAAAACUGUUGACAGCUACCCAAUGGCCAAAAUCUACGUGACCACGGAGAAGCGCAUGAGUUACUGCGAUGCGGUGUUUAAGAGGGAGACGGGAAAGGACCGAGUCCAGUCAGGUUCAUAUCUCAGCACGGGUUGGUUCACCUUAAUUUUGGCUAUGGAUGCCUGCUAUGGAAUUCACGUCUAUGGGAUGAUAAAUGACACCUACUGCAAGUCAGAAGGCUUUCGCAAAGUUCCCUACCACUACUACGAGCCAGGAAGAGACGAGUGUGAGGAAUACUUUCUCCAUGAAAAUGCUCCCUAUGGAGGCCACAGGUUUAUCACAGAAAAGAAAGUAUUUGCUAAGUGGGCCAAGAAGCACACAAUAAUAUUUACACAUCCCAACUGGACGGUGUCUUGAUACUGGUUUACUUAACUCUCCCUUAACAGCAUAUUACAGAAAUGUCUCAGUUUACAGUAGUUUUGCUUACAUCUGGCUGGCCUUUCUCAGCCUAGGUAACACUAAACUAAAAAUCAGAAGACAAAGAGGGUGGUGGUUCAGCUGUUAAGCAAAAUUAAUCAUCUGUGGAA